AUUCAGAAUACACACACGGGGCUGGAUUUGUCAGUGCCGGAAUACCAGGAAAUCCGCGGGAAGAUGAUGUCUGGCCACGUAGAGUAUCACAUUGUCGUUGUUACCAGACUGGCUGCCUUCAAAUCAGCAAAGCACAAGCCUGAAGAUGUAGUUCAAUUUAUGGUUUCCAAGAAGUACAGCGAGAUAGAGGAGCUCUACCAGAGACUGGCGGCACGAUAUCCACAGGCUUCUCUUCCGCUCUUGCCUAGAAAAGUUCUCUUCGUGGGGGAAUCUGACAUCUGUGAACGAAGAGCUAUGUUCAAUGACAUAAUGAAAUUCAUCUCAAAAGAUGAGGAUCUUGCAACGAGUCCUGAGUUACUGGAAUUUUUAGGAACAAAAUCUACUAGUGCCAUUGACUUCAAGAGUAAAAACGUUCCUGAUGACAAGGAGAAAGAAGACGGAGAAAAUGAGGCGUUGGAUUUUUUCAAAGAGGAGAAGACACUUGACUUAAUCUCACAGCUUUCAUCAGUGGAAAAUGCCAAAAAAGGGGAAAAAAAAGAAGAGGAAGAGGAGGAAGAAGAGGAAGAAGAUUUAGAUCCUCUUGGUAUAAUCAGAACUAAAAAAACGAAGAAGGCAUCUGCUCCUCCAACCAAGGAAGAGAAGCCCAAAUUAACCAUUUUUGAAGAGGAAAUAGAUCCAGAUGAAGGACUCUUUGGCCCAGAAAAAGAUUUCUCAUCAAUUGGUCCCAGGAAGAAGAUGAAAGAGAAUCUGAAAUUAUUUGAAGAUCCAGACCUUGGUGGGGUGGUAAGACUGGGUGACUCACUACUGCUGCCAGCUGCCUGUAAGAACAGGGAGUAUGUGCUGAACACGGGUCCUGAGGAGGACACUGAGAAACUGCUGAGAGUUGAAGAUGAUUUAGAGAAACUCUUGAAAGUAACCUCCAAACCAAAACCUAAGGUACCAUCAAGACCACCAUUGCCUCAGAAGCCGACAGUUGCCCCCAGGAGCACUAAUUCAUCUCCACUGGCAAAGCCAAAGGAAAACAGGAUUCAGACAAUGAAUGAAAUGGACAUUCUCCAGUAUAUCCAGGAAAAUGAAUCUAUCAACAACCAAGAUACAAGUCUGUUUUGA